AAUGAACCCAUUUGUUUACAUUCGUGCUAUUGGUUUCGGUCCGGAAGUCUGCCGGAUAGCACCCAAACGGACAGUCGUUCGAGUGUGGUUUAACCUGCUGCACGUACUGGGUGGUUUAACACAACAAGGACGAUCUUUUCAGCGUGAUUCGUUUGUGUUUCAUUGUGCGAUGUGAAGUAAUCCGGUGCUUAAUAUUAAAUAUAGUGCGUGCUCACAUACCAUACCGACCACAAGUGUAGCUUCAUUUGUAGUGAAAUUUACGGGCAGAAAAAGUGUGUCGGAAAGUUGGAACCAAAAAAAAGGAAAGUGCAUCAUCAUACACAUAUCCGCAUUACUGAAUCACACACGAUCGACACACGUGUGCGCCAUCAUCAUCGUACCGUACCGGGUUUAAAUCACAACCAAACAUCAAACACUGCAAAACAAACCGUAAAACACACACACGUGAACGGUGUAUAUCGAAAGGUGGUUUAAGGACGACACGGUCGUGAAAACUCGGUAGUGUGGAAAAUGAAUUGGACCCGUAAUCGAAUCAAUUAUGUAUAGAGUUGCAUUGCUGCUUCCGGUCUUGCUGCUACUGCAGCUACCAUCAUCCGUCGCACCUGCGCUCGCCGUCCAUGAAUUAUCGUUCCUGGUGCUAAGUCAACCGGCCCGGUUCAAUGCUGCACGAGCCCGGCAUCUGAAGCGAAGCAUCGUCGAGCAGAUAAGGGAACUGGAUCAGGAUAUUGCACCGAGCCGGCCGGAUAACGUGUUUCUCACGCACGAACUAUUCCCCGAGCAGGAGGGUGCAUGGGCGAUUACACCGAUCCUUGGCCACAUCCGGGCGUCCAUCCUCAGGUCGACGCACCGGACCGCCCGCUGGCUGAUCGUGUGCGAGGAGCAGAGCCACGUCAACGUGAGUCUAUUAGCGCACCAUUUGGCCAACGAGGAUUACCGGGAGAAACUGUUCCUCGGCUACCCACUGUACGAUCGGGAGGCAACUAUAAUUCAUCAUUUCGCAUUUUUCAAAAAUCCCUCCAGCUUUCUCUAUCCCUAUCUGCGUGCCGGUAUCGCACUUACCGUACCGUUGGUCGAUCACCUGGUCCAGCUGCUAUCGGACGGUGCCGCCCGGCCAGCACUGUCCGAUUUCUUCAUCGAUGCAGCCCACGAAUUUGCGCUGGCCGUGUGGCAGCAUGGUCAGGGAUUUCCGUUGCAACCGCGUCGCUACUUCUGCGCCAAAGCGCUACCGAACUGUGCGAUUCAUGGUGCCGGACCUUACGCUUCCGGGACAGGAAAUGACAUCCUUGUGGGGAACGAUGGCCACAGUUGUACGAAUAACCCUACCGAUGUUGAUCAGAUCAUGUUUGCGGUAAAAACAUGCGGCAAAUAUCACAAGGAUCGUGUAACGGCAUUGAAGAACACUUGGACAAAGUAUGUGCAGCAUCUUCGGUACUUCAGUGAUGUGGAUGAUCCAUCAAUACCGACUGUCGCUACAUCCGUGCCGAACUCCAGUGCGGGACACUGUGCCAAGACGUUGGAGAUUUUACAGUUGAUCGGUGAUGAAAUUCGCUAUAAUGGAAGCCUUCAGGCCGUUCGCUGGGUUAUGCUGGUUGACGAUGAUACGAUCCUCAGUUCCGCCUCGUUGGCGCGGUUUUUGAGCUGUUACGACGCGAACCGAGAUUUGUACCUUGGCGAACGGUACGGCUAUCAUCUGAUGGGCCCAGACGGGGGCUACAACUACGUGACCGGUGGCGGUGGUAUAGUGCUGAGCGUAGCCAUACUGGACGCAUUGCAGCAAACGUGCGAAUGUCCAUCAGCGUCCUCACCGGACGAUAUGAUACUGGCGGCUUGUCUGCAGCGACUCGGCAUUCGUCCCAUCCAUUCGAACCUGUUUCACCAGGCCCGUCCAUCGGACUACGCACCGGAACUGCUCGACCGGCAGGAUACGGUUUCGUUCCACAAGCAUUGGCAGAUCGAUCCGCAGCAGGUGUACAACAGGUGGUUCCGCCAGCAGGACGUAGAUUACUUCGAGCGGCAGCAGAUCCGUUCGUAUUGGUCCCGUCCGGCGCCGGUGUCCGAGGCUAUAUGCAAACACUCGAACAGUGUCCACAGUCCGGAGGCUGGCGCAAACCUCCGGCACAAAGAUCAUCAACUUGAUCCGUGCCUUCGUCCAACGCGACCAAACGUCAGUGUACGCAACGAGCACACCAAGGUACGUGAGCACCGGUUAGGGCCUACGGACGAGGGCGAAAAUAAACGGUCACCUCAACAAUCCAACCAUAAUGACCGUCAUCAACAUCCGGAACGGGUGCUACGGUUGGUAACGAAAGCAACCGAACCAAACGCACCCACCAACGAGCGGUCCGUGCGGGUAACGAGCACCGUCCAUCCAUUGACCACGGUUCAACCCCAUUCACCGCAGCAACAUAUCGCUCGCAAACAUUUGUGCGAAAGUAAUGAGCUUCAAUCAAACGGCAACCUUUUGCUGAGACGGCAAAACCUCCAAGAGUCGACAAACAUAAUCAAACACACCGAUCUGUAGAAGCUGGCUGGGCAUGGGGACGGGUAGCAAAACGGUCGGAAAGGGCUUCGGUUGGUGCAGGAGAAAUUAAAUGUUGAAAAAGGUUUCGCCUGCUUCUACCGUCACGGUUACCGGCGUGACAGUCACGUACGGUAGGGCGAACCGUGCUGUAUGUAGAUUUGUAAUGAAAUGGUAGUUCCAGUCUUUCAAACUACGAGGCUCCCAUCGCUCGAUCUGGGCCCUGUAAUGUGCUUUACAAAUAAAUACAACAUCAUAAAAACGCACGCAUACACCUGGUGUAAGGAUACCAGUAGAACCACAUUAAAGUGGACGUGACUUGCUUAUACGUUGGAAUAAAGAUUAUCAUGCGACCGUUUCGUACGGUCAACUACUACAAGGAAUGUUGACUGGUGUCUCAUUUAAAAAAUAUGCAAUCAAUUUAUUGUACAAAAUAUAAUAUUAUUUUUGAUUCUUGUUUUUAGCGAUAAAUCGAAUACACUGCAUACAACAAUAAUUUGUUUCUUAAACUGGAAAAAAUAGUAUCUAAUAUUGUAAAAUUCCAGAAAUUCCAGGAAAGCAAUUCUUCAUUCUCAAGUCGCGUACUACAGGGAAAGGGACAUGAAACAUGUUGGAGAUUCUGGCCAAAAUUCUCGGUUCGACAAUGAUUGCAUGAUUGCACCAGAGGAGAGAUGAAGUUGAUUGGAACUUAAGGCCCUUUUUUGCUCUAACUAACAAAUCUGAAAUUACGCAAAGGUGACGUGAUGACGAUAGGUGACCGCACUUUUGAAAUCGUCCAAAAUAUCACAUGUUUUGGGUCAAAGGACCAACAACUAUAUUGUCCAAAACGACUUUGUCCAUUCACAUCCUUACAGCGCGUUAGACUCCUCAGGUUCCGGUGGGCUGGUCAUGUCAUUCGAAUGACACCGGACGACCAGAAGUCCGGCCGACGGUAAGUCGUUCACAUGGAUAAACUGAGACGG